AACACAGGCAAGCGAACAGGUCGUAACGUAGUGCGCUCCGCCCGGAAUUCUUUUUUAAACUUUAGUCUCGACUGGUGCGCUUAGCGACAUCAUUUACAACAGCAACAACAACAACAACAGCAACAUAAAUACUUAUCAAAAUGUCCGAUCGCAAAGCCGUCAUUAAGAAUGCUGACAUGAGCGAGGAGAUGCAGCAGGAUGCUGUCGAUUGUGCGACACAAGCCCUGGAGAAGUACAAUAUUGAAAAGGAUAUUGCGGCUUACAUCAAGAAGGAGUUUGACAAGAAAUACAAUCCCACAUGGCAUUGCAUUGUUGGCCGCAAUUUCGGAUCGUAUGUGACACACGAGACGCGUCAUUUCAUUUAUUUCUAUUUGGGUCAGGUGGCCAUUUUAUUGUUUAAGAGCGGUUAAAGUCUUGUCGAGUCGGAUGAAGUGGUGGUCGCGCGGCUGGAGGAGCAGCAGCAGCAGCAACAGCGACAACAGCAGCAACAGCAACAACAACAUCAAUUAGAUGUCGCUGCAGCUGCAGCUGGUGCCACGCAGCAGCAGCAUUCGGCGAAUGAUGGGAGUGUGGAGAUGAAAAUGGUGCAGGAUGAGGAGCAGCAGACAACAUCAGCAGCAGCAGCAGCAGCAGCUAUUCGCAACUAUGGAGUGACGCAGCAGCAGCAGCAGCAACAACAGCAACAACAACAAGAACAACAGC